UAUUGAUGUCUCAUAAAUGUGAGGAAACUUACAACGCCAACAGAAAAUGGGGUUAUUCGAUCGUUUAGCGAACCUUUUAGGUCUUAGGAAAAAAGAAGUAAACGUUUUAGUAGUGGGCCUUAACAACAGUGGUAAGUCAACGGUCAUAAAUAAUUUCAAACGCGAGGAUGACCGUUGCAUAGACAUAGUGCCCACUGUCGGGUUUAAUGUCGAAAAAUUCGCAUUUAAAAAUGUCAGUUUCACCGCGUUCGAUAUGUCGGGCCACGACCGUCAUAGAUCAUUGUGGGAGCAUUAUUACAAAGAUUGCCAAGGGAUCAUCUUUAUAAUUGACAGCAGCGAUAAACUGCGACUGGUUGUUGUGAAAGAAGAGCUGGACAUGCUCCUGCAGCAUCCCGAUAUUGCAGGACGCAAGGUACCCAUUCUCUUCCUGGCGAACAAGAUGGACUUGCCCGAUUCUUUGACCACCGUAAAAUUAGUCGCUGGACUUGGACUCGAGCGAAUACAAAAUAAACCCUGGCACAUACGGGCGACAAAUGCAUUAACUGGCGAGGGCUUGCAGCCGGCGAUCGAGUGGCUGACGGAUCAAAUUCGCGAUAUAUACAUCAACAAGAGAUAAAUUACGUCGUUAUACGAGAUACGACUGAUU